AUGAGUCUCCCAGAAAUGGUAAAAAUAGGGCCGAUUGGGAAAGAUGACGAGGGAUUUGAAUGGAAUGUGAAGGGAUUUGAUGAAAUCACUCGAAUAUAUAUUUCUUAUACCCCAUCUACCAUUGUUUCUUUACAAUUUAAGUAUACAAAUCUAUGUGCAAGAAAUGUCUUGUCCUUGCAAUACGGAAAAUCCAAUGGUUCACACUUCAAUGUUGUAAGUCUCGAUGAUUCAGAGUACAUCACAGGGGUAAAGGGGAUGUUCGAUAGAGAGAAAGGUAUUAGAUCACUUACCUUUAUAACGGAUAAAAGAAAAUUUGGACCCUUCGGUUACAUCGAUGGUGAUGAUUCUGCUGCUGGUGGUUCUGGUAAACUCAUUAAUUGGCCUGUUUGUUCUUACACACCAUUCGACUUACAAUUUGGGGAUUCACGCCGGCUUGCUGGAUUUUUUGGCCGCUUAAAAGAUGGACAACUAACCUCCAUUGGAGUUUAUCUUUGGACCAAUUAA